AAGAUGGGAUUAAGAUCAGAGGGGUUUAGCAGCAAACAACCUGCUAUUCAUUGUGUGAUCCCAUCUCUCCAGGGAACGACCAGCAAGCGAAAAAACUACGUAUUUUCAUUGUGCAAUCUCAUCGUUCCAGGGAAGGACCACGAAGCAAACAACCUGGUUUUCAUUGUGUGAUCACAUCGCUCAAGGGAAGGAGACCACAAAGGAAGGAUCAGCAUCAUCACCAACAACAUGAGAGCUUCCCAGAGCGCUAUUCUGCUCCUCGUCUCCCUACUCUUUCUCAUUAACGACAGUGAAGCCCUACAAUGCUAUACCUGCAUGGGUUCUAGUGAUGAAGACUGCAAUCGUCAGGGCUCAAAAACCUGUCCAAGCUACUCUGACGCUUGCGCUGUAGUACGAGGACACGGAAGUGAGUUAAACAGCGGAGUGAUGAAGUCCUGCUCCUACAAGUCUUUCUGUAGCCAGGCCAACAGUCAGGGUUACCGGUCACCAGGGGUCAGAGUUCACUGCUGUUUCUCUGAUGACUGCAACGUGACAGGAAACGUAUCCAAGCUGGAAGGAAGUCUCAGCUACCUGUUGCUCCUCCUUCCCCUGCUCCUCCACUGGAUCUCAAACUAAACAUAUAACCCAGCACAAACCAACAGCCAUGCCAACUACCCCACCACUACCCCACCAACCUCCCUUCUCUACCCUACUCUCAAACUAAACCCAGCACAAACCAACAGCCAUGCCAACCACCCCACCUACCUCCCUUCCCUACCCUCUUCUCAAACUAAACCCAGCACAAACCAACAGCCAUGCCAACUACCCCACCUACCUCCCUUCCCUACCCUACUCUACCCGACUCAAACCCCACCUCUCCAAGCCUCAGCUACCAUCCCCACUCUGGCCGACUACGCCAUCUAACUCUGCCUAUCUAAAGUAUCUAAAGUAACACACAAUAAAAUAACCAUUGAUAUCACCAUAUAACCAACCCAGAACAAACCAACCGAUAACAACCCAGAACAAACCCAAACCAGAACAACCCCAAACCAGAACAACCCUAACUCAGAACAAACCCAGAACAACCCCAACCCCAACUCAGAA